CGGGCGCCGUUGGAUGUUUUCUUCAAUGCUGAAGCGCGCCGAACUCGCGUUGUGUGGAAAAGCGGAAUAGCUCUCUGUUUUUCGUCGUGUUUCUACGUUACUUUACUUUUCGUUCGAUCUGUCCGUGUUUCGUUUCGGUUUUAUAAAAUCCAGUAAUUCCCCCCUUCCAAAAUUAACACGCGUGUUAUCAAAAAUGUUUACAAGAAACCUACAUAUGUUCUUCAAUAAGUAAAUCGAAAGAGAAAAAAAAGGAAAAGAAAUCAUUUAAAUUGCAAAAAAAGUGCUGACGAUUUUUUAAUAUCAAAUACGAAAAAGUAACAAAGAAUUUUAUUACCUUCCUUCGCUGUUUUGGUCGGCCUCAACUCGGGAAAAGAAAUAAGAAAAAAGCAAAAGGAGCCAGACAAGCCAGGGAAUUAUGAAAUUUUAAAGAAAUCCCCAAAAAUCCAAGUUCCAACAGCGGCAAAAUAUGUUUAAUGCAUUAAUAUAAACGAAACGUGUUUACGGCGAGUGCAGGCAGAAGACGAACAAAAAGUUGUAUACGCAUAUACACAUAGAUAUAUUUAACAAGAUUUACAUUUAAAAUCCCCCCCAAUACACACGUACGUAUAUUUAAACUGUGGCGGCAAAAACCAACAACAGCGAGCUAAAGCGUUCACAAAAAGGUGAUAAUGAUUAUUUCCAAGGAUCUUUUCAUAUUUGGCGAACAAAUUUUUGCAACAAUCAUACCAGAAGGUGGAGCCGCAGCGCUGGCAACCCAGCAGCAACAUCAGCAGCAGCAUCAGCAGUCGCAUCAGCAGCAGCAGCAACAACAGCAGCAGCAGCAGCAACAACAGCAGCAGCAGCAACAACAGCCGGCAAUUAUAAAUUCAACAACGACGACGGCCACUUCGUUGGUAAUAAACUCGACAGCAGGAGCAGCUGAACAAGUUGUAGAGGAGUCAUUAAAAGUAGCAGCAGCAACAACAGCAACAGCAGCAGCAACAACAGCAACAGCAGCAGCAACAACAACAGCAGCAGCAACACUACCAGCUAAACAGGAAACAGUUGCAGUUGCUGCCGCCUGUGUUGCUCCUCGCAAAUUGGCAAAAAUUCAGAAAAUUCCAAAGGAACCCGAGGAGCUGAAAGCCAAGAAAAAGGCAAAGUGUGAGGCAGCAGCAGUAGCAGCGACUCAUUACGAAAAAAUGCCAAUGAAUUUGAUGAUCGUGGAAAGUGUUGAGGCAGUCGAUAUGGGAUCAUCGGACAAUGACAACGAGGCAACGGAGCAGGUACCGUUGGUGAGUGCCAGCCGUCGCAAUCUGGCCAAAAUAGUGGCCGAUUGCCGCCUCCAGAUCGAAGUGGAGCCGGCAACAUCGGCUGUGCCACCAGCAGCAGCAGCAAACGCUGCAUCCCCGCCUGCAACAUCGGAUGCGGCAGCAGCAACCUCAGUGGCCAGCAGCGAUUCCUCUGCCUCGUCAUCAGCGUCUUCGACGUCGUCGUCGUCGUCGUCAUCUUCCAGCUCAACAUCCUCAGAAUUUACGCACACAUCACAGACAACGAUACCAAGUACGGAUAAUCUAACGUCAUCCAAUGGCCUGGCCAAUAUGGGCAAAAGCAUUUUAGUUGAUGCCAAAAGUAACUCACCAGCCUCCUUGUCGUACCACUUUGAGAAGUCUGCGGUCAAUCAGCAGAAACAGCAUCACAACAUCAACAUCUGCAACAGCCACCACCCACAUCACCACCCCCAGAAUCAGCCCCAGCACAGCCUGCAGCUGACCUUCCAGAACCUGAACGUCUUGCACAACGAGCGCCAAAUACUUUCCGAUGUGAGUGGAUUCGUCAGUCCCUGCGAGGUCCUGGCCAUCAUGGGUCCUUCGGGCAGCGGGAAGACCACUCUGCUGGACUGCCUCAGUGGCCAGCGCCACAUUGACAGCGGCAGUGUGUUCCUCAACCGCGAGCCGCUGACCAAAAAGUGGCGCCGCAGGAUCGGCUAUGUCCUCCAGGAGGAGAUCUUCUUCCCGCAACUGACGCUCCGCGAAACGGUGGUCUAUACGGCGCUGCUGCGACUGCCGGAAUCAAUGCCGCGGGCGGAGAAGAUGCGCCAGGUGGACCACAUACUGGAGGCCCUGGAAUUGGGUUGCUGUCAGCAGACCAAGUUCGGGGAUUACCUCAACCGCGGACUCUCGGGCGGCGAGAAGAAGCGGGCGAACAUCGCCUGUGAACUGCUGACCAAUCCUCUGCUCAUGCUCCUCGAUGAACCUACUUCUGGGCUGGACAGCCACUCGGCCAUUUCGCUGAUGAAGGUCCUGAAGCGGUACGCCCAGCUGGAGCAGAAGACCAUCGUGAUCAGCGUGCACCAGCCUUCGUCCCAGAUGUUCCACAUGUUCGACAAGCUGCUCCUGCUCCACCAAGGACGCACCGCUUACUUUGGGGACGUGCAAAACAUCUACCGCCACUUCGAGGACAUCGGGGUCACCAUCAAGCCGCACUACAAUCCCGCCGAUUUUGUGUUGGAGCAACUGAAAUCGCAUCCGGAUAUCCGCGAGAAGCUCUUCAUUGCCGCCAAGGAAUCGCACGGCAACUAUCUGAACCGCAACUGCAUCACGAAUAGCCACCACAACCAGGUCAGCGUUUCGGGUGCGAAGGGCAAGAAGCAGACGGACAGCAUCCUGAUCGACGACAUCAUAAAUAACUAUUACAAUCACCGCUCCAACCGGCACCAUCACCAGUACGAGAACCUGCACCACACGAGCAACGGCUGCCGGGUGGAGGAGGACGAGGAGGCGGCCCAGCACCUGGUGUGGUGUGCCGCGGACUCGCAGUCCAACUUCAGUUCCUGCGCCUCCAGCGAGUGUCAUUCCUACAGUGCCGGCAGUGGGGCGGGACAUGCGCCUGAUGACGACUGGCUGUCCUAUCCCACCAGCUUCCACACCCAGUUCUGCGUCCUCUCCAGCCGCAAUUUCCGGGAGGCCAAGCCGCGCAUGCUCUCCAAACUCAAUUGGUUCCAGACCAUCGGACUGGCGCUGAUGGCCGGUGCCAUUUGGUUCCAGCUGCCGCGAACCGAGGAGUUCCUGCACGACCUCCAGGGAUGGAUGUUCUUCUCGCAGACCUACUGGAUGCUCUUCGCCCUCUUCGGGGCCCUCAAUUCAUUCCCCUCGGAACGCGAGGUGGUGAGCAAGGAACGCCGCUCCGGGGCCUACCGACUAUCCGCCUACUAUCUGGCCAAAAUGUGUGCCGAGCUGCCUCUGGUGAUCACUCUGCCCACGGUCUACCUCAUGAUCAGCUAUCCCAUGCUGGGCUGCACUAGCUUGAAGCUGUUCUUCCUGAUGCUCAUCUUCCUGCUGAUCAACACGAUUGUGGCGCAGAGCGUGGGCUUCUUCAUCGGAGCCUGCUGCAUGGACAUGAACGUGAGCAUCACCCUGAGUGCCCUGUACACGCUGGCCACCCAGCUGUUCGGCGGAUACCUGUCUUCCCGCAUUCCGGAGGGGCUCAGCUGGAUCCGGUACACCUCCAUGAUCCACUACGCCUACCAGAACAUGCAGAUACUCGAGUUUCGCGAGGGAGCGGCUAUUGGUUGUGGCUCGCCCAGCAGCUACGAGAUUUGCAAACAGCAAUCAACCGAAUUCAUUCCAUACGAGGAAAUACUCAAAGCCCAAAACUCGACAUCACCGCUCUGGCUGAAUACGCUGAUCCUGAUGAUGUUCUUCCUGGUAUUCCGGGUCCUGGGAUACGCGGUGUUGCGCUACCUGCGAUGCCCCAAAAAGACGUGAUAUCUAUAUAUCCAUAUCUAUAUCUAUUUUGUGCAGACAUCGAACCAGUGAUACGUAAUUAGAGUAGUGCCCACCAUUGCUAAGCCGCUACAACUGAACAAACUUGCUAAAAUUGCGCCAAUUUUGUGAUUCAAUUACUUUCAAGCCACACCAUGUAUGUUUAGCUAUUACUGCGAGUAUAACUACCAUUAUCCUUACAACCUACUAUUAUAGUUUAAACGUGGUCUGCGGUGGGGCGGCAAACGUUUAUCUUUGUUUUGUUUUACGCAUUUUAAUUGUUGGCCGUUUAUGUUAUUAAUCGCUAUUUUUGCCGCUGAAACACAAGAGAGAGAGAGAGUGAGAGGUAGAGAGAUGGUGGAAAGCCCAACUUUAAUUGUUUUAAUGUACGUUUUAAAAGCCCCAAGAAAUAUUGCUGCAGGCUGCCCAAUUUCCACACCACCCGCGCACCCACAAAUAUAUAUAUAUAUAUAUAUACUGUAUGUUUAUAAUGAAAUGCUAGUAAUUUUGUAGAAUAUUGCAAACUUUUUUCGCUUGGGAAAAAACACUGUGAUUUAGUAUGCUAGUUUUUUAAUUAGUUUUAAACGGGGCAGCAUUAGUGAAUUGUGCUCGUCCGAUGAAUUGUAUAGCCAACUAUGUAAUUAAAAACUGAAAAUAGAAUAGCAUCAGAAUGUUUGAGCCUACGGCCUAAAUCGUAUUUUGUUUAUAUUAUCUAAUUAUAUGUAACUAAACUUAUUUAAAUAUACAUGAAAAUGUAAACUGAACACCUGAAA